UGNAGGAGAUGAUAGAGAAGGAGCUGGACAACAACCUGGAGGACACGGACACGCUGUGGUUGGACUACCACCAGAACCUGACGGACAAAUCCCUGCUGGGCCUCGACACGUACCUGGCCCAGUUCCCAGAGAUCAAGGCUCGCGUAGCGAAGCGCGAGAGGAAGCUGGUGGACUUUGACAGCGCCCGCCAUCACUUCACCUCCUUGCAGAAAGGGAAGAAGAAAGACGAUGCCAAGAUCGCCAAGCCCACCGCCCUGCUGGAGAUGGCCGCCCCCAGCUGGGCGCAGGGCCUGAUCUCCGCCCACCAGGUGGCGCAGACUAACCUCUCCUACAACCAGGUGAAGCUCUGGGUCACCUGAUGACAUCACACCGUU